UCGAGGAAAGGGAAGCAACAUCUCCGCAGAGCUGACCAGGCGCAUAGCCAUCGUCGUCAACUCACCAUCCAUCCGUCUCAACGACCACAAACGCCGACAGGGAAACAAUCAUCCACGACAAUAGAAAAAGUUCAAUUUUCCACCCAGAGAUUCCCCUUUAGGUCUGACGCCCCAACAAAAUACAUCUGUCUAAUCAGUUCCCCCACAAUGACUACCUCCCCUCCCCUGGAAACCCCAAUCAUCAUCGGCAUCUGCGACAUCAAAAACAAGCACUCGGCAACCGAUCUCGCAGCUGCAAAAGAACCUCUAACCCUGAUCCACGACGCCGUUCUGGGCGCCAUCAACGAUGCCUCCCUCGGCGCCUCGGAAGGUGCACAUGCAGCACUGAAAAGUGGGAUUGAUAGCGUCGAUGUCGUGAGGACGUGGACGUGGCCUUAUGAGGAUUUGCCCGGGGCGUUGGCGGAGAAGUUGAAAGAUUCCGAAGGAGAUGAGGGGGAUAGGGUGAAGUGGAAGGCGUAUUCGGAGCAUGGAGGGGAUAAGCCGGGGGUGUUGCUUGAUAUGGCUGCGAGGAGGCUGGCGAGGGGGGAGUGUAAGAUUGCGGUUGUUUGUGGGGGGGAGGCGUUGGCGAGUUUAUCGGCGUAUGCGAAGGCAGAACAGCUUCCCCCGCCUGGAUGGACGACGCCUGCGGAGGCUGUUGAGGCUGUUUUCUCGCCUACUACGAGGACACUGGGGGUGAAAAAUUUGGGUGCUAUCCACAAGGUUGGCGCACCGAUUCACGUCUACCCAAUGUACGAGAACGCCUUCCGGGCGCAGAGAGGUCAAUCCCCGAAAGAGAACCACGAGGAAAGCGCGGAGCUUUACGCGGAGUUUUCCAAAAUCGCUUCCAAGAAUGAGUAUGCCUGGAAUUAUGGAAAGUAUGAUGAUGCGGAGACUAUUGGAACAAUAUCCAAGAGUAACAGAUUGAUAUGUUCACCGUACCCCCUCCUGAUGAACGCAUUCAACGCCGUCAACCUAGCCUCAGCCCUCCUUUUAACCACCGCCUCCCAUGCCAGAUCCCUCUCCAUCCCCUGCUCAAAAUGGAUCUACCCUCUUGGAGGCGCAGGAACCUCCGACGCACCAAACUUCUGGACUCGCCCCUCCUUCCACACUUCCCCAGCUCUAUCCCGUUCACUCACCUCCGCCCUCGACAUCUCACAUACCCCUAUCCAAGAUAUCGACCUUCUAGACAUCUACUCCUGCUUCCCCAUCGUGCCCAAACUAGCAGCGCACCAUCUCGGGCUUCCAAUCAUCCGCGGCGAGAAAUCGCUUACGCUGUUGGGUGGGCUUACGAGUUUCGGCGGCGCGGGGAAUAAUUAUAGUAUGCAUGCUCUCACCGGUAUGACGCGUGCAUUGCGCGAGGGGAAGGGAAAGAAAGGAUUGGUCUUGUGUAACGGUGGUAUGAUGACUUAUCAGUUUGCUAUCGUGUUGGGGACUGAUGGUAGAGUUGGGGGCGGGUAUACGGAUCAUAACCCGCUGGAGGAAUUGGGGUAUGAUGAAGUUGAUGUUGCGGAAGGGAUAGACGCCGAGGGGGAUGUUAUCAUUGAGACUUAUACGGUUGAGUUUCACCGCAACGCUAGCCCGCUGCGUGGCCAUAUUGUUGCGCGCUUGAAGAAGAACGGGAAACGCGUCCUUGCUAAUCACGCUGACGAACACACUCUGCGGGCUUUGGCUAGUAGCGGUUCAGAGGUCGUGGGGAGAGAGGGACGGGUUGUACACGAUGCGAAAACGGGGAGGGGGUUGUUCAGUUUCAAGGAGGUGGCAGCUCUGUGA